UGUCUGAUCAAAAUUUUGUUGAACCAAUCGUGCAUCAUGUUUUCUCUUCUGUACUAUUCAAAUUUCAUUACUGAAUCAUCAAAAGAAACAAGAAGAAAAACAAAGUAAAGAAUAGGAAACUAGACUAAAAUGUCACAUGAAGUAUCUGUCGGAAACAAGUUUAUUGUGUGUCAAUACAAAGACAACAUUGCCACAUUUGGAACAUGGAUCAAGAGAAACCCUUUGAACUAUGCUGUUCCUCUUGUCUUGAUGCAGCUUUCAGCAAUCUCCUUAGGGUCGUUGCUCAUCGAGAUUUUCCUCCACCCUCUUGGACAAUCAUCUAUCGUCGCUCAAAUUCUUGGUGGAAUACUGUUCGGCCCUUCGGUAUUAGGACGUGAGGAUAUCAUGGGAACGGCCUUAUUUCCUUCUAGAAGUGUUAUGACACUGGAAACAACUGCCUCAUUUGGUAUUGUAUUCUUUCUCUUUGCGAUUGGCAUUAGGAUGAAUACUAGAACGAUAUUCCGGCCUGGGAGGCAGGCCCUUGUCCUUGGCAUCUCGAGCAUGCUCAUUACGCUCUUGUUUUCCUCCUCAUUGGCUACAGUCUUGAAGUCUUAUGUCCAUAUGGAUGAUUCACUUGCAAAUGCACUUCCGUUACUCGGAGCAUCUCAGUGCAUAACCGCGUUCCCAAAUGUUUCUUGCCUGCUCAUCGAGCUCAAGAUGGCCAGCAGCGAUGUGGGCCGUAUAGCUGCCUCAACGGCCAUGUUGUGUGACUUCAUCAGCACGGUUAUUCUCAUUGUAGUCUCUGGAAUACAGCAAUCCGGCUUUGAUCCUCUGAAAUCUGCAUGUGCAAUUUCAUCAGCAAUGCUGUUUGUGGCUGUUAUGGUUUACAUCAUUAGGCCGAUUGUGAAAGCAACAGUAAGAAGAAUGCCUACUCUAGAGCCUUUGCAGGAGCAAUAUGUGCUCUUCUGUUUUACCGGCGUUCUGCUAUCUGCACUUGUUUCAGAAAUGAUUGGGCAGCACUUCAUGCUGGGGCCGCUGAUCUUUGGCCUUGUCGUGCCUGAUGGGCCGCCUUUAGGUUCACCGAUGAUCUCAAAACUUGAUUUGCCCAUCGGGAAGUUUCUUUACCCGACGUACCUCACCAUUAGUGGACUAAAAACCAACAUCUACAAGAUUCAUCUACGUUCGUUGUGGAUCGUGGCGUUUCUGAUCUUAUUCACUUGCCUAAUCAAGAUUGGCGUUGUUGUACUUGCAUCUCGCUUCUUGAACAUAUACUUUUACGACUCUGUUGUGAUUGGACUUAUUAUAAAUGGAAAAGGCAUUUGUGAACUUAUUAUGUUCAAUAUGUGGAGGGACAGCGGGGUGCUAACAGAUCAGGAGUUUGCUCUGAGUGUUAUAUCAGUGAUUGGAGUGACAGCACUGGUAACUCCUCUGAUAAAACUGCUCCAUGAUCCGUCAAAACGACACUUUCCGCUCAAGAGGAGGACCAUUCAGCAUACCAAGCAAGACUCUGAGUUCCGAAUACUAGUCUGCAUCAAGGACCAGGACAAUGUACCUUGCAUCAUAAACAUACUCGAAGCCUCAGAUGCGAGAGAAGGAAGCCCUAUCGCCGUCAUAGCCGUCCUGCUAGAAGAGCCAGGGGGCCGAGCCACCAACAUGCUCCUUGCUCAUCAGUUGACACGGAUUCUGCAACCAAGCAACUCCAAAUCAGACCACAUUAUCAGUGCCCUGCACCAAUACGAGCUCUGCAACCAAAGCUGCGUGACAGUACAGGUGUUCAGCGCCAUCUCACACUUCCAAACGGUGCACGAUGACAUUUGUCGUCUGGCACUAGACCAGAGCGCCACUAUCCUCAUUCUCCCAUUCCACAGGCACUGGGCGAUUGAUGGAUCCAUCGGGUCAACGAACCGGUCCAUGCAGAACAUGAACGUCAAAGUCUUGGAGAAUGCACCAUGCUCUGUCGGAAUUCUUGUGGACCGGGGGAUCCUAACCAGAUCCUUGUCCAUACUAAAUAACCAAUCCAUCUACCGUGUAGCUGUGAUCUACAUAGGCGGUCCAGACGAUGCAGAGUCACUCUUCUAUGGGGCACGUAUGGGACGACACAACAAGGUCACACUAACUAUAAUACGCUACCUACUAUACCGCUACGACUCGGCUAGAGAACGAAAACAAGAUAACAGCUUGAUAGACGAAGUCCGGGAAGCUAACAAGGGAAACAGGAAGUUUAAAUACCAAGAACAUGUGGUGAAAGACGCAGUCGGCUUAGCAGCAUGUCUAAGAAGUAUUGACAAUUGCUUUGAUUUAAUGUUGGUGGGAAGGAACCAUCAAGCAUCUGAGGUACUGAUGGGGCUUGGGGAUUGGAGCGAAUGCCCGGAACUCGGGGUGAUCGGGGAUAUCCUAUCAUCACCGGAUUUCAAGAGCACCGCGUCGGUGCUGGUGGUGCAGCAGCAAAGACUACAUGUAGACAAGUUGAGGAAUAGAAUGAUGAGACCGGUGGUGAUUAGCCAUGAAUCAGUGCAUGAUUUAGGAGGUAGUCGUUGAGUGGCUGUGUGUAUGACCUGAGAUCCUGAUCCCAAGUUGGAACAUUGCAUAUAGAUAUAGAUAGAAAUUUGUAAAUCUUGAGUUUGUCAGCAGAGCAGUGGGAGUCAGGCUGGGUUUAGGGUUAAAGAAAAGGUUGAAUGAGAAGCAAGCAUGUGUAGAACAACAAACAAUGCAAUUUUGUUUUUGAGACAAAGGAACUAAUAAAAAUGUUA